ACAUGGCCUGCGAUGCCAAAAAAGCCGAACAUGAACUGACCAGAUACAAUAAUGAGGAGAUCAGGAUUGUGAUGGUGGGGAAGACCGGAGUUGGGAAGAGCGCCAUGGGAAAUACCAUUCUAGGAACACAGUACUUCAAAUCAGAGUUCUCCCCUAAAUCUUCGACUACAGUCUGUAAAAAGGCCUCCGGUGAAGUGAAUGGACAAAAGGUUUCUGUUAUUGACACUCCGGGUCUGUUUGACACAAGGAUUGAUGAAGAGAAAACCAAGAAAGAUAUUGUAAAGAGCAUUUCUUAUGCUUCCCCUGGGCCCCAUAUCUUACUGGUCAUCAUCAGACUGGGCAGAUUCACAGAGGAAGAAAAGAAGACGCUGCACAAGAUUCAGGAAAUCUUCGGAGAAGAAGCAGACAAAUACAGCAUGGUUCUCUUUACCCAUGGUGACCUGCUCAAAGGGAAACCUAUUGAGGAGUUCUUGAAGGACAGUGAAGAGCUGCAGGAACUUGUGGACAAAUGUAACGGCCAGUACCACGUCCUCAAUAAUGUGUUGAAGGAUCGUUCUCAGGUCAGCGAGCUGCUCGACAAGAUGAGAUAUAUAACUGAAAAGAAUGGAGGAAGCCAUUACAGUACUGAAAUGUACCAGAGGGCAGAAAGGGCAAUGGAAGAGAAGAAAAUAAGGGAAACAAAGAAAACUGUAGCAUCUCCAGUCUCUCUCCUUGGGUUGCCCCACCUUCAGAUCUCUUUUCCUGGGUGCCAAGCCCCCAAAAUCUCCCUCCUGGGUCCCUUUCCUUUUAGGUACCACUUAUGCCAGUAUAACAGACCCCUGAUGGUCGGAGGAUGUAUUGUAUUUUCCUUCAGAGGUCAAUAUAGGCAAAUGCGCAGGUCCAUGUUCAUGAAAUAUCAUAUCAUUACAAAUGCAAUAAACUAUAAAAAUAUUAUGGAAAAGUCACCAUCUUGA